AUGCACCGUCAUGGGCAUAAUUUUAUCAAUCCAGAUGCAGAACAUGCAUUUGCUCAGAUGGAGGUGGAAAGAACCAUGCAGAUGACACAGUCUGCUGGGAAAGGUUCAUCCACGGCGGUCAAUGAGGAGGGGAUUAUAUCCCCAAGUCUUGGGAAAGCCAACAUGCUCCUCAGCGGAACUCUCUCCGCCGCCGCACUGUCGACCAUCAAAAGCAUCGUUGAGGCCGCUGUGGAGAAAGAAGGACGCAUGGGAGCUUCUUUACUUCGUCUCCAGUUCCAUGAUUGUUUUGUCAAUGGUUGUGAUGGCUCAAUACUUCUUGACUCAUCUGAGACCAUCGACAGUGAAAAGAACGCGAUUGCAAAUAUGAAUUUGGUGCGGGGAUUUGAGGUUGUGGAUGACAUCAAGAUCGCGGUGGAUAGCUGCUGUGGUGGCCCAAUUGUCUCCUAUGCUGAUCUCUUGGCCGUUGCUGAUCGUGAUUCUGUGGUGGCGGAUCCGACGAAGAUCUCCACAGAAGCUCAUUCGGCUGAUCUGACUGUCAGCCAACAAAGUGACAUCGGGGAUCUCUCGCCGAUCUUGCUCACAUCACCUUCAAGAAGAUGGAAGGAAUAUGAUUUCUACUGA